AUGUUGAAGACAACCUUUUUGAACCGGAAUUUGACAGCAAGGGUCUUGUCCUUUACCAAUAUCAGAGGUGUCAAAAGAUAUGCUACUGAAGCUACCCAAUUUUCCACAGCGAAAGCCUCAGAGGAUUUGAACGUUGGUAAUCUACGAAGAGCAUUUAACGAUGUUGAUUAUUGGCAUGAAAUUAACAAGCGCAACUUUUCUGUGAGUGAAGAUGACAGUCCCUUCUCGAACUUUGGCAUUGAAGCAAAGCUACAAACAGGAUUGUUCAGAAAUCCGUUUCUAACAUCUGCAGAUGGACUGAGGAAAUUUAGCCAUCACUCGUUAUCUCAAGCCCAGGAACUGCUUAAUGACAUGAAGAGCGAUAAGUCUCUUGAGGAGCUGAUAACAUAUAUUAUGAAACUUGAUAGACUCAGUGAUACUUUAUGCCGUGUUAUAGAUUUGUGCGAAUUCAUACGGUCAUCCCAUCCAGAUAAUGCUUUUGUUGAAGCGGCUCAGGCAUGCCAUGAAGAGAUGUUUGAAUUUAUGAACACAUUAAACACAGAUGUGGAGCUUUGCGACACUUUAAGACAAGUGCUAAAUGACUCCAGAAUUACAGACAGACUUUCAGAGGAGGAAAUUAAAGUCGGCAGGAUCUUGCUCGAAGACUUCGAGAAAUCUGGAAUAUAUAUGAAUCCGGAAGUCAGGGACCAGUUUAUUGCGUUUUCGCAGGAAAUUAGCCUUGUUGGUCAAGACUUUAUCAAUAAUACCAACUACGUGCGGUCCAAUUUUAUCAAAAUAAAGUGCGAGGACUUAGAAAAUAGUGGAAUAAGUAAGUUGAUUCUUAAUCAGCUUUCAAAGGAUGUUAGAGGUAAACAUUUCAAAAUACCGACCCAUGGCUAUCUAGCCUACUCCAUAUUGCGAAAUUGCCCUGAUGAGGAGGUAAGAAUGAAGGUUUGGUCCGCUAUGCACAGCUGCUCGGAUGAACAGAUUCGCAGGCUAGAUCAGUUAGUUCGCUUGAGGGCUGCCCUGGCAAAAUUAAUGGGAUGCGAUAGUUUUGCAGAAUACCAGUUGAAGGGCAAAAUGGCCAAGACUCCUCAUCAAGUUCGUGGUUUUAUGACUGCUCUAUUGAGCUACAUGCUUCCGAAAACCAUUCAAGAGCUUAAGUACAUUUUUGAUCUGAAAUGCAAGUACCAACAAAUUCCAAGUUCAGAAAAUCCAAGUGAUGCGGAGAUUGCGCAGGUUGUCCGCCCGUGGGACCGCGACUUCUAUAGUUCCAUCCAUUCGGUCCAGCAGCGCCGUGCAACGUCUGACAGCGAACAGAUUAGCUCUUAUUUUACUCUGGGAAACGUCAUCCAGGGUUUGUCGGAUUUGUUUGACAGCAUAUAUGGCAUAAGGUUGGAGAUUGAGGUCACAAAAACUGGUGAGACCUUUUCACCGGAAGUAAGGAGGCUAAACGUCGUAUCUGAGCAAGAGGGUAUCAUUGGCGUUAUCUAUUGCGACCUUCUUGAACGCUCGGGUAAAACGUCCAAUCCAUCACAUUUUACUGUGUGUUGUUCGAGGGAGAUUUAUCCUGGUGAGACUGAUUUCUCCACAAUUCAAACAGGUGUCAACAGUCAGGGAAUCCAGUUUCAACUGCCUGUGAUAUGUUUAGUUUGCAAUUUUUCUACUUCGACCAAUCCUUCUGGAAAGCCUAUUUGCUUAUUACACUUGAAUGAAGUUGAAACUUUAUUCCACGAGAUGGGCCAUGCAAUGCAUUCCAUGCUGGGCAGAACUAGACUACAGAAUAUCAGUGGAACACGCUGUGCAACGGAUUUUGUUGAGUUGCCAAGUAUUUUGAUGGAGCAUUUCGCUCGUGACGCAAGGGUUCUGAAGAGAAUUGGGAAGCAUCAUAUAACAGGUCAGCCUAUCCCUGAAAGCUUGCUGGAAAACUACCUGCAAGAGAUUAAAUUUAUGCAGCAUUGCGAAACUUUUUCCCAAGCGAAGAUGGCAAUGUUAGAUCAAGAGCUUCACAGUCAAAGGGUUAUAGAAGAGUUUGAACGUUUAGACGUCGUUGCCAUUUACCAACAACUUGAGAGGAAAUUGCAGGUUUUGGUUGAUGACAAAAGUAACUGGUGUGGUAAAUUCGGGCACUUAUUUGGAUAUGGCGCAACAUAUUACAGUUAUUUAUUUGACAGGGCAAUCGCUUCGAAAAUAUGGGACUCACUGUUCGCGCACGACCCGUUUAGCCGUUCGAGUGGUAAGAAGUUCAGAGAUCAAGUCCUCAAAUGGGGCGGUUCUAAGGAUCCAUGGAAAUGCAUCGCCGAUGUAUUAGACAAGCCAGAACUUGCCGAAGGCGGUACAGAAGCGAUGAAAUUUAUUGGCCAAUCUGAAGACCUAUAG